AUGAAAAAAAAUCAUCAAAAAGAUGAAUUUUUAAUGGGUGAAAAGCAACAAACAACAAUACAAAUAAAUCACUUGUUGCACAUCAUUUUCGAUUGUUAUCGCAUAAAAAGAAAGCGACCACCAUUGAAGUCAUUUCUGCAUGAAAAGUUUCGACAGGAAAUUUUAAUUGAAGCAAUAGUUGGAAAUGAAUAA